AUGCUACAUUUCACCGAUGAUGUUGGUCGUACUAAUGAUCGUUUGUACAAAAUACGAAAUGUCGUUGAAAUAUUACGAAAAGCAUUUAAUGAAUCAUUUCAGCCUUAUCAACACGGCUAUGCAUUGACGAAACAGUACAUACCAUCAAAGAGAAGCAGAUUUGGUAUAAAAUCGUAUAUUUUGAGCGACUGUGAGACAGGGUUCGUGCAAGAUUUAAUAAUCUAUACCGGAUCAUCUACCAUGGUGGAUACUGAACAUCUAGAUAUUGGAAAAUCUGGAGCAAUAGUGGAAACCCUUAUGAAGCCGCAUCUAGAAAAGGGCCAUACCCUUUAUGUAGAUAACUGGUAUGCGAGUCCCGCUUUAUUUAAGUUUUUACAUAAUAAUGGCACAAACGCGUGCGGAACCGUAAUAAAAAGGAGAAAAGGAAUGCCCAAAAUUGACAAACGAUUAAAAAGGGGGGAGGCAGCAUUUAGAUCAUCCGAUAACUUAUUAAUGAAACGAUCGAUAUCUAUGGCAAGAUUUCAAUUGCAACUAAUUAGGGAGAUACUAGGAAAGUACCAUGAAAGUAUAAGUCAUCCACAUCGAACGGGGAAUAAUCAUCCAUUGAGAUUAAUAGAACGACAUUUUCCGUCGGUUUAUAAAUCGAAUCGUACGAUCCGGAGAAUGACGAGGCUGCACCGAAAGAUGCAAGUCCGAACACCAGUUUACCUAAGCGCAACAUGCACACUUUUCGGCGCAGUGCUCCGUUCAGUGCCGCUACUCCGGCGGCACGGUGGCCCGUUCAACGGUGUCGCUCCGACGGAGCACACUGCCAUAUUACCCACACAAAUCUCCGCAUGCUCCAAUUAAAUUUCGAUUUUGCCGGUAGAUCAUCGAAACAACAUAACAGAGAACCACGUCUUUUCAUUUGCCAGCCACAAAAAACAUCUACAAAACCUAUCAACGAAUACGAGAAAAAUACUUCUGGCCUUCACUAA